AUGGCUGCUAUUGCAACUAAAAGAGAAGGACCAGACUUAAAUAUCAUCUUAUCAUGUCCUGAAUGUAAAGUGUUCCCACCUGAAUUAGCUGAACGUUUUGCUGAAGGUGAUGUUGUUUGUGCUUUAUGUGGAUUAGUUCUUUCAAAUAAAAUUGUUGAUACAAGAUCAGAAUGGCGUACUUUUAGUAAUGAUGAUCAAAAUGGUGAUGACCCAAGUCGUGUUGGUGAAGCUGGUAAUCCAUUAUUGGAUGGUAACCAAUUAUCAACCAUGAUUGGGUAUGGUCAAGGUGAUUCAAGAGCUGGUAGAGAUUUAAAUAAAGCUCAAAGUAAAAGUAUUGUUGAUAAGAAAGAUAAUGCUUUACAAUCUGCUUAUGCUAAGAUUUCUAUGAUGUGUGAUGCUGCUCAAUUACCAAGAAUUGUUCAAGAUGGUGCUAAACAAGCUUAUAAAUUAUCUCAUGAUGAAAAAGCUUUAAAAGGUAAGUCUCAAGAAAGUAUUAUGGCUGCUGUUAUUGUGGUUGGUUGUAGAAAAGCUCAAGUUGAUAGAACUUUUAAAGAAAUUUGUACUUUAACUCGUGUUCCAAAAAAGGAAAUUGGUAGAGUUUUCGUCAUUAUUAAGAAAAUUUUAGAACAAAAAAAUCAAACUACAACUACUUAUAUGGCUCAAGAAAAUAUUCAAUCAUCUCAAACAAGUGCAGAAGAUCUUAUCAGAAGAUUUUGUUCUCAUUUGGGUUUAUCAAUUCAAUUGUCUAAUGCAGCAGAACAUAUUGCUAAACGUUGUAAAGAUGUUGGUGUUUUAGCUGGUAGAUCACCAAUCACAAUUGCAGCUGCAGUUAUUUAUAUGGUUGUUUUGAUCUUUAAAGCAGAUUUAGCACCUGCUAAAAUUGCUGAAAAACUGGGGGUUAGUGAUGGUACUAUUAAGACAAGUUAUAAAUUCUUAUAUGAAAAUAAAGAAGAAUUAAUUGAUCCAAAUUGGAUUGAACAAGGUAAGAUUAAAAUGGAAGAAAUUCCAAAGAAUGGUUAA